UUAUUUGAAAAACUCAUUUAGUUUCAAGAAUUAUUUUCUAAAAGUUUUAAUGGAAGCUUUGUCUCUGGUAGGCUAAGUAAAAAAUCGUAGAUCUACUAAGUACUACACUUCGCUCAUCGAAAAAAAAACAUAGCAUAAAACUUUAAAGGAAAUUACGAUGGAAAGAAGUUGAUGAUGUUUUUAAUAGCGUGAGCUUUAAAAAAUAUUCUCAUACAGUCAGAAAGAUGUAGAGAAUUAUGUGGUAGUUUUCUCAGAAAAGAGUUAAGUUUAGACGUUCAAACAUGAUCAAAUUAAAUAGAAAGUAUACUAUUCAUUAUGACGCACUUGUCAAACAUCAUAUUUGAAUUUGUUUCGUUUUUUAGAUGAUGUUCAGCGUGAAAUUCAAAAUGAGAAAAAUUCGUCGCAAGAACUAGAUGCAAAAAUUCGUGAAUGGGAAAAGAAGAUUAAGCAAAAACAAACAGAAGUAGGCGGAGCAAACGCAUCGAUUGAAUUCAAUGCUACUAUUAAGAAAACCGAACGUGUAUUAGAAAACAGGCUGGAUACAGCAUUGAAAAGGUUCAACGCAUUGUUAACACAAAAUAGUUUGUUACGUGGUGAAAUUGAUAAUUUACGUGUGGAACGACAACGUUUUGAAGAUCUAUCACAAAAAUCUGAAAAGGAAUUGCGAGAUUUACGCGCUCAACUCGUCGAAAGUAUUGAAAGAUCGGUAACAUCUUACGAACAAAGAAAAGAUGCGAACGCUAAAGCGUUAAUGUUACAAGCGAAAGCAGAAUCAGACAAGGUGUCAGCCGAUGCUGAAAUGAAAGAAUUAGAAAGACAAAUCUCGCAUGAUAGAAAACUAAGAGAUUUCAUGAAAUUAAAAUCACAAGAGAGACAAGAAGAUGAAGAAUUAGUUACAUACAGAAAACGAAAAGAAGCUGAAGCUAGUGAAAAACGACGAAAAGACAAAGAAGAACAUUCGGUUGAAGCUUAUGAAACGAAAUUUAAACAAAUACAAGAGAUAAGUGGAGAACCGGAUUUACAAAAAUUGGUGGACAAAUUUAUUGAAGUUGAAGAUAAAAAUUUUGCCUUAUUCAAUUAUGUCAAUGAACUUAAUAAUCAAGUGGAAACAUUGCAAGAACAAAUUGUGGAGAUUAAAAAAGAAAUUCGACGUUUUGAAAGUCAAGGCGUUGAUUUGGAAGAUCAACGUAAAAAGAUGCUUGAACAAAUUGAAGAAAAAAGUAAACAAGCAACAGCUAAUGCCGAUGAAUCUGAUGAAAAAACAAAAGCAGCCAAAAAAAUACUUGAUCAAUGCCGGACGGGAAUUGAUUCGUUGUUUAAAAAAAUUGGCUGUGAUCGACGUCAAAUUGAUCAUUUGUUACAGAGUCACGAAGGUGUUACGGAAGAUAAUAUGCUGAAAUAUUUGGGCAUUAUUGAAGAAAGAACAAAUGAAUUAUUAAUUGCUCAAUCAACAAUUCAUGCUAAGGAACAAAAUUUGCCAUAUCGAGAAAGAGCGCCGAACUUGAUUGGGGAUGGACCUGCAGGUCCUCCACCUCCAAUUUCUGUUCAUUUACCAAAUACGGAAGAUCGUCGUGAAGUAGAAGACAAAGAAGACGAUGAAUUAAAACCGAUGACACGUGAGGAACUCAAGCAACGUGCUCUGGAACAAGUUAAAAAUUUAGAACGAAAAGCAGUACAAGAACAACAAUCAAAUCCUAAACAUGAAUAUUUCCUACUUUCAACAAACCAAAACAAUUAUACAUAC